AUGGAAAAGUCAGAUCUAAGGAGAGUGACCUUGCAGAAAUAUUUCAACAAUUUAUUUAGCAGGGUCAUCUAUGCAUGUCUCCAUUGCAAGAUUUUUGCUAAAUUUAUUUUAUUUUUUUUCCUCUCCCCUGUGUCUCACAGAUAUGGUGACAUGGUCCCAAAGACGAUUGCAGGAAAGAUCUUCGGCUCAAUCUGCUCUCUGAGUGGGGUGCUGGUAAUUGCCCUUCCUGUUCCUGUCAUCGUGUCCAACUUUAGCCGCAUCUAUCACCAGAAUCAGAGAGCAGACAAGCGGCGGGCGCAGAAGGUUCAGAAAGCUCGCCUUUCCAGGAUACGACUAUCAAAAACAGGAAGCUCGAGUGCCUUCCUCCACAGCAAGCGCAACGGCCUGUUCAACGAAGCUCUCGAGCUCACGCAACUUCCAUACAAGAUGAACCUUUCAGAUCAGGGUUCCACUGAGGACGAGAAGCGUUUGAGCAAAUCUACCUCUCUAAUAGAGAGCCAGCACCAACAUCUGCUGCACUGUCUGGAGAAAACCACAAACCACGAGUUUGUGGACGAACAGUAUUAUCAGCAGAGUUACCUGGAAGCGGGGCUGCAGAACUAUCCGUCUCGAAGCCCUUCGUUGUCCAGCCAAGACGGCGUGACGGGGACAUGCUGCACCCGGAGAAGCAAGAAGCAACACCACACCCCUUUACCGAACGCCAGCGCUCCAGCACACAUGCAGCCUUUGAAACACACGCACACACACCCACAAGGCUUGCAGGAGCUCAGCACCAUCCACAUCCAUCCUCUAAGUACCAGCCGCUCCAGUUUAAACAUGCGCGUAGAUGAGCCAGCUUCUCUGAACUGCCAGAGCAGCCAGAUCACAACAGCAAUCAUCAGCAUUCCCACACCGCCAGUGACGACUCCGGAAGGCGACGCUCACCUGCCCGCCGCUCCCACCCUGCAAAAUGUGGUGAAGGUGUCUGCUCUGUGAAGACUAGACUGCAGCAGCGCCGCACAAACAGACAGAGAAAGACUCACAGAAGCAGACCGAGAAGGACUAACUAUGGUGGAAAGGGCUUUCAGAGACGUAUUCUGGCCCUGGUGGAGCCUGCCCCCUGCUGGUGAAGUGUUGCAUUGGCACGGACUCCCCUGUACACAUGGAGGAUGGACUUCAGACGCAGUAUCUUCAUGUUAGUGGUCGGCAGACUUGUGUUCGUAUGUGAAUGUGUGCAUAAAAGAACAAGACAGAUGGAUAGGGAAUCAUUUAGGAAGAGGACUGUGUGCCUCUAAGUGUCAGAGGUAAGUUCCCAGAGUUAGUCAUGUGUCACUGUGCACAAAAGCACCUUUUUAUAAUUUAUGCUUGAGUUUAAGGCAGGAAGUACAGGAGGGGGAAUGAGGACAACUCAAAGAAAAAGGGAAAUAAACAAAAUAAAAAAUAAAAAAUCACCCCCCUCUGAGGUUUGUAGACUUUGAAAUAGAGUACUGCCCGUUUCAGCCAUUUUGGUCUACAAACCUCCUUUUCAGGUCAAACAUUAUUCCACUUUAGCGUAAUUUCUUAAAAACCCAAAAAGCAGUAGGUGUCCGUGUGAUGGCAUUCCCAGUGAUUGUGAAUGAGUGUUUGUAACUUUAAGAUAGACUUUAAGUUGUUCCGUUUCUGAAAGGAGGUGUGUCAGCGUGUGUUUGUGUGUGUUUUUCUCGGUUGAUUGAAAACUUGUAUUUCAGUUCUUCUGGAAGUAUCUAUGGCUCAGUAUAUGAUAAUAUAUAACUAGCUGCCACUUCGAAGGGUUCUUUGCACAUAUUUCUGUCAAAAAAUUCUCAGCAGCAAGGGUUUCACUCAGUUUGUGCAUAGUUUGCAGCACUAAGUAUUUUUAUUUAUUUAUUUUUUAAUUAUUACUUUUAAUCACCAUCCAUUUGUUUUGGCUCCAAAUGCCCAAAUGGCCUCAAAAAACACAAUUUAUUUUGCAAACAAACAAAACAAAAAAAAAAAAAAAAACUUACUUUAAGUCCAAAUCUACACAACGAAAAGCACAAAGCAUUUGCUGAGAAUUUGCUGACAAAAAUCUGCCCUGAGCCUGUGAUCUUUGUGAAUAUUGUUAAUAGAAUAUUUUGUAAUAUUUGACCAUCGUUUGGCAGAAGCAGUGAGUCUGUCCUCUUGUUCUUGCUCUCCUCUCUACAUCCCUCUCUCUCUUGUUGUUGUCCUGUUGUGUCCCUGACAUCUGUGUGAACAACAGUAUGCUUUCAGUAGUUUUUAUAGCCGUCGACAUUUUUUUUUCUUCCCUAAACUCAGCGAGCAUUUUUCAGAGUUGUUGAGUAUAUGUUCGUAAUCUGUGUGGUAAGCAAACUUGGUGUUUGUACUUUUUGUCCUCCUCGAUGUUUUAAAGGAUUUCUUUUUCACUUUAUCUUCUGGAGACUUUACAGUAGGCAAGUCUGUUGUAAAAAUGACCGCAGGGACAUAAAAAAAAAAAAAAA